AGCCGUGUUGGCCCAAGGGGAUGCGGCAUGCCGACCAGACUGCCGAGCAAGAGCUUGCUUUGCUACGGAUUUGGAGUGCUGGUCGGGCUGGUGACGGUCUCACUGACCGAUGUGGGUGGCUUGCUGGACCCGGCCAAUACGAAUGUGAGAGACGUGUUGAGACAGGAGCUGCCGGCUCAGAGCUCGAGGCCGGCGGGUUCCGUUGAGAGCACCAUGACGAAGCCAGAGUCCAAGGAGGAGACAGGUGAGACGCGCGAGCCCGCCUGCCGCUUGCCGCUUUGCGUGCUCACCGGUGUUGGCGCCACGCGGCUCUUCAUCUUGGAGCACACCGACGGCGCGGGGCAUCGUAUGAAGUCCAUCCUGGAGGCAGUUGCCAUCGCCCAUCGCAACCACAUCAACUUCGGGGGUCUGGUCGGCCAGCUGCAGCCUUUGACGGACCAGCACAUCAACUUCCGCAUCAUCACAGAUGCAAUUUUCGGAGAUGGGGCUUCCAAGGAGCUCUACAUCUACAACAUCAGCCGCAAGCCACAGAUCCACGGCACCUUCAAUGAUGCCAAACAGUUGGAGGCACGGCUUCCAGGCGUUGCGAAGGGAAAAACCCUGUACUGCCACGCGGUGAACGAGUGGGGCUACGACCGGCGCGUGCCAACGAGCUCGUACUUCCCGGGCUGGCUCCGCGAUGAGAUGAGGAAGCAUCUGGAUGCUCGGCCGCUGGUGUUUGCCCCUGGGAAGACGUCCGUGGUGAUUCAUCUUCGGCGCGCAGAUCUAGAAAGGGACGACACGCGAGCGACGAAGGACUCCUACUAUUACCGUCUAGCCAAAGAAAUCAGGGAGCUUGCUCCCCCUGACGAGCUGGACUUUCACGUCUGGAGCUCGCCAAAGAAUAUCCCAGCGGUUGAGCAGGACUAUUGGAAAUCUUCGGACUACGAUGGCUACCGGGAGCGAGGGAUGACGGUGCAUCUGGACAAGCAUAUUGACAGCAACGAGGACAUGUUAACUGCCUGGACCCACAUGGCCAGAGCCCACAUUCUGAUCAUGUCCCAGAGCUCAUUCUCCAUGGUGCCCGCAUACAUGAACACCAACUGUGUCAUCUACCCCUCCAACAUCGACUCUCCACUGGAGAACUGGGUCAAUGGCCGAGACGAAGAUCGUCAGGCCUACCAGCAGGAGGUCGAAAGCUGUGUGAGACGGGUGAGGAAGAUUGUGCCCCAAACUGCCGAGGUCACAGACACGGAACAGCCAGCUCCCGCGGAGAUGCGAUGCGAGUUGAAGGUUUGCAACCUCCACAGCCUCUCUGCGCCGCGCUUGUACAUAUUGGAGCACACGGAUGGGGCGGGGCACCGCUUGAAAUCGGUGCUGGAGGCCAUAGCCAUCUCCUGGCGAAACAAGUUGAACUUCGGAGGCCUCGUAGGGCAGCUGCAGCCCUUGACAGACCAGCACAUCAACUCCCGGGUGGUGGUGGACGCCUUGUUCGGCGCUGGGGCCUCGCGGCAUCUCUUCAUCUACAACAUCAGCUCCAAGCCCUCCUUCACCUCGGAGUUUUCAAACGCCCGCGAGCUGGAGACCAAGGUGCCCACGCUGCGGCCGAACGAUUUGGCGUAUUGCCACGCCGUGAACGAAUGGGGCUACGACCGGCGCGUGCCAACGAGCUCGUACUUCCCGGGCUGGCUCCGCGAUGAGAUGAGGAAGCAUCUGGAUGCUCGGCCGCUGGUGUUUGCCCCUGGGAAGACGUCCGUGGUGAUUCAUCUUCGGCGCGCAGAUCUAGAAAGGGACGACACGCGAGCGACGAAGGACUCCUACUAUUACCGUCUAGCCAAAGAAAUCAGGGAGCUUGCUCCCCCUGACGAGCUGGACUUUCACGUCUGGAGCUCGCCAAAGAAUAUCCCAGCGGUUGAGCAGGACUAUUGGAAAUCUUCGGACUACGAUGGCUACAGGGAGCGAGGGAUGACGGUGCAUCUGGACAAGCAUAUUGACAGCAACGAGGACAUGUUAACUGCCUGGACCCACAUGGCCAGAGCCCACAUUCUGAUCAUGUCCCAGAGCUCGUUUUCCAUGGUGCCCGCAUACAUGAACACCAACUGUGUCAUCUACCCCUCUAACAUCGACUCUCCACUGGAGAACUGGAUGGAUGGGAAGGAUACCAAAAACUCAAAGUACAAGUCCAGCUUGGAGAAGUGCGUGAAAGAUGCCCUUCAGAGAGGCUUUGACUUCGUCCACAACCUGCUGCACAUGACCGGGGACAAGGUCCUGCAGCCAUUCCAUGACCCGAGUGCCAUGGUGGUGGCGCUCUUCAACGGCGAGAUCUACAAUUGGGAGGAGCUGCAGGUAGAGCCCGCCUCCUUCCGGUCUGACGGGGAUGCGCUUCUCAGCGAGUACCGGAGGCAUGGUGGUGACUUUGUCAAGCGGCUCGAUGGUGAGUUUGCGCUGGCUCUCUUUGACUUUGCUCGAAGGGAAGCGUUCUUGGCAAGGGAUCCCUUCGGCUCAAAGCCCCUCUGGUUUGCUCGCGGGGACGGGAAGUUCGCAGUGUCUUCCUACGCGUCGGCCCUGCGACGCCUGGACUUCAAGGAUGCGGAAAUCCACCAGGUGGAGCCCAACAGCGUGCUGGUGCUGGAGCUGCCUGCGGCAGCCAGCGAACCACCGGUCAAACCAACAGAGGCUCCUGCGAUUGCUCGGCAGACCACGGUCUUCGAGUUUGACCUGCGCCAGCACAAGACGAGCACCAGCGAUUGGCAGAAGGCCUUCGUGCGGGCCGUGCAAAAGCGCACCGGUUCCUCCAGAUUCGCGCCUGGCCGCGCCACCCCGGCCAUGUGCCUGAGCGACGGCUACGAUAGCGGCAGCAUCGCGCUUUCCCUCGGCAAAUUGGGCAUCCAGCCGGCUAUGUAUACUGUGCAGGCCCGCGAGGAUGUGCGGGUCCUGGUGGCACGGCUGGUGGAGCUGAGCCGGCGGGUGAACUCAACGUGGAAGCUGACGCAGCUCUCAACCGAACAGUUCCAGAAGGAGAAGCUUUUUCUGCAUGACCGCGCCGAGAGGGUGCUCUACAAGCUGCGGCCCGGGUAUGCCAACGUGGACGACAAGGCUGCCGCCGGCCUGUCCUGGAUUUACCGCCAGGCCUCCUUUGCUGGUCAAAGGAUGUUCCUUUCAGGCACCGGCGCGGAUGAAAUCAUUUCGGACUACGGCACCAACGGCGUGGCCUUUGAAUUUCACAGCACCCUGAGAGGCGAGUUUCCUGAGGAGCUCUCCAGCGUAUUUCCCUGGUUGAAUUUCUUCCUCGGCACGCAAAGGGACUACCUUGCGAAGGAGGAGAGCACAGCAGGAGCCCACGGGGUAGAAACGCGAUACCCCUUUCUGGACCGGAACUUGGUCCAAGAGUUUCUGUGGCUGAGCGCGGACACGAAGAACGCCUUGUACAAGGCGCCGAUUCAUGAAUUCCUGGAGGCUGAGCGGUUUCCCUUUGUGCGCGGCACAAAGCGGGGGUUCUCCGCCGAUCGGAAUCUGGUGGGCGACGUGGACGAAGACCAGGAUGAGAUUUCCCAGGCCCGGCGGAAGUUUUGGUCCGGCCUCGGGGCAGCCGAGGGCACCGUGAUCGCGGCCUUCGCGUCCCAGCCCGCGGCUUCGCAGUCCGCGGCGGGAGCGUCGGCGCAGUCCCCCGCGGACUCGGCCACGGUGAUCCCGGCGCCGCUGCGGCGCCUGGUGGAGGUGACCCAGGGUCCUCGACGCUGGCGAAGGUGGCGGAAGAGGAUUCAUCGUCAGUGGGCUGCGGGCAUCUUGCGGGACCUGCCGUCGGUUCAGCGCGCCGAGACCGCAAAGCAGCAAGGGCCAUUGGCUCCUGUGCUGUCCCUGGCUGUGGCAAAUGGCGUGGGGCCAAACAAUCGAGCGGUGAUCUUGACCUCGUGCAUGGAGGAGCACUAUUUUUGGACUUACUGCGGGCCCUUCCUCCAUAGCGUCGCUGAAGCCUUCGACCUCUUCGAGUCUCCGGGUCCUGUUCGUGCAAUGGUGGCCACGGCUGGCAUCGAGCCUCAGAGUUUGGAGGCGGUUGCCCGACUCCUACCUUUUGUGGAGUUCAGCGCGUUUCACGAGCACGAGGACCAGCUAAGCUCGCAUUCCGACCCGACGGAAGCGGAGUCCUACCGGCGGCUCUCAUACCAAUCCCUCAAGUUGCAGCAGUACCUUUGGCUUUGGCAGCGCAAGUUGCUGCCGGAGAAAGAGGUGGAUUUCGUGAUUUGCAUGGACUCGGACAUGCUGGUUGUAAAGCCAUUUCUGCACGUCUUCGAGCUUUUGCAGCAGCGGCAAGUGGACGUGGCUUUCUCCUACUAUGACGGCACGCGGCACGUGCCCUGGGGCUCUCCGGCGGAGCUGGCUCGCACCAAGAAGAAGGGCUUGGUGCGGCUCCAGGGCGGCAUGCUCAUCAUGCGGAACUCCGUGGAGGCGAUUCAGUGGUUCGCCACCUGGAAAAGCCUCACGGAAGCGGCGCUGUUCCACAAAGAGAACGAGGGCGAGCUGGGGGACCGCUGGCGGGACCUCCUGGAGGAGUUCAAAGGGCCUUCGCAAGCAGCGCUGGCCUUCCUGCUGACGCAGGGUGAUGUGGAUAUCAUGAAAGACGUCAGCGCUUGCUGUAGCUCCCUGCGAAGCAUCGAGCCGCUGGGCCGCGCUUGGCGACGAGAGUGGCCGAAGCGCUGUUUUCGUGCGGCCUGA